UUCCCAUAACCAUGGCCUCCAAAUUUCCAGUUCCCACGUUCCCAUUUUCCCCAUCUUCUUCAUCUUCAUCUUCAUCUUCCUCGCCCAUCUUAUACCCCAAAACCGCCAAAAUUGGUCUCUCCUUGUGUAAUUUCCCUCUGCGUCUCCGGCUUUUCUCCCCAUGGAGUGGUUUAAAGCAUUUGGAUAUUUCAAGCAGAGGAAGGUUUCCCGAGAGGAGGAAGAGAAUUCCUAAGGGGAAGGCUGUUUUUGCAUCUUUGUUUGGGGUUGGAGCUCCGGAGGCAUUGGUUAUUGGGGUUGUGGCUCUGUUGGUUUUUGGUCCCAAGGGCCUUGCUGAGGUUGCUCGGACUUUGGGGAAGACCUUACGUACAUUUCAACCCACUAUAAGAGAACUUCAGGACGUUUCUCGAGAAUUCAAGACCACACUUGAGCGAGAAAUUGGUCUCGAUGAAAUCUCGAGUCCAGUCGAAAGCUCAUACAAUUCAAGCAAAUCAGAUACCUUCUCAAACCCACCUUUUGUUCCUAAAGCAGAAGAGUCUUUUGCAAUGGCUGAACCAAGUGAGUGGUUAACUUAUUUGUCAUCCAUAUUUUUAUUUAUUAUCAGCACUUGUAGUAUUCUAGGGAAAGAUUUCAAAGCUACAUAGAAAAAGUAGAAUGCCAAAGGGGAAAAGAAUAUUGGUAAUCAGCCUUGGUUCGUCGUCGGGCAUCGUGUCUACGAAUGAGACGAUUGGGUUCAAUCAUUAGGGAUAUAGAAUCAUCAUUCUGUCAGCCUCGACUAUUAUACGAUGAUGAAAGCUUGUUUUCUUAUGUAUAUAAACAGCUGAUAAUUCUUCAUCAGCAAGCAAAGCAUACACCACUGAAGAGUACCUUAAGAUUACUAAAACCAAUCACUUUGGUCGUA